CGAUACGGCCUUGAAUACGAGAUAUAUAUAUUGGCGACGGUUUACACCUUUUUAGUAUGGUCUUGGAUUUCUUUAGCCGAUAUCAACAUGGCCUCAGUUAAAUUGCUCCUUAUUGCCAUUUUGGUUGUUGCUGUAUCCGUUAACACCUCAGCGCAACUUUUGGAAAUCAUUUCUCCCAUCGUAGAUGCGGCAACGGAUUUCUUGGUCCCAACUAUAAACUCCACCCAAGAGAUUCCUUCUGAUAGUACCAGUAAAAAACCGCGAUUUGAGGAGAAAAACCGAAAAUUAAGUAGUAGUGCUCUUAUGUCAGCCGCUGGUUAACAAAUAUAGAAAACUAUAGAUUAAAUUGUCAGUAUAAAAAAGGACCAAACAUAAAUUAUUUUCAACGAA